CCAAAAAAUACACAAGCGACUUUCGGUGGGUCGGCGACAUUUUAUUGCUAUGGCGUCACUCUGAAUGAACAACAUAUCACGUGGUCUAAAGGCAACCACAUUCUCACUGCUAGCAAAAAAUAUAAAAUCCUGGAUAAUAACAGACAACUGGUUAUUAAUAAUGUGAACGAAGACGACAUUGGGGAGUACAGGUGUAAGAUAAGUGAUGUUCAUGGCGAUACCAGUGCUACAGCAUUCCUAACGACUGUCAAUUGUGAGUAUUUUUAUUUGUUUUGUUGUUAAAAAUUGUGAAGCAAUGUGUAUAGUACUACUUCGUCUGUUCUUCUUGAUUGCAUCAUUCCUUUCUCCCAUCUUUUUACCCUGACAUUACAGAAGUACAGUAUUUAGUGGUGAUAUAUGUAGCACAACAAAAUAUCCUUGAUAUAUAUCACUGUAUAAUAUUUACUCCCUAACUUCCCUCAUCGCUGUUCUUUAUUCUAAAUUCUUAUGCUAAGCUUUACAGUAGAUGCAAAACAUAUCUUGGUAAUAUCUUCACCAUGAAUAACAAAAUACCUAAGGCUAGGUGUACACUAUACGGGAUAGCUUUCCAUAGUGGCGUGAAAAAUCACGUGUCCCAUACGGAAUGUACAACUUUCAGAAGCUGAGCGAAACAACAUCUCUCCGUUGCAAUAAUUCCUCUGAAAAUAGCGUUCCUAAAAGGUAGGGUAGCUGUUUUUUCACGUCGCUAUGGAAAGCUAUCCACCACAGAUUAUAAGAGGAUCUCUUAAUCUGUGCCGGUACCGUUCAACUGAAUAUAACUGGAACGCUACCUGUAGUAAACUGCCUAUCUUUUUUCUUGAAGCCAAAUUUUACUGGAACUGGAGGUAAGAUAACAGACACGCGUGUCUGGAGGAAAGAUCACAGACACGCGUGUGAUCACAGACACGCGUGUCUGGAGGAAAGAUCACACACGCGUGUCUGGAGGAAAGAUCACAGACACGCGUGUCUGGAGGAAAGAUCACAGACACGCGUGUCUGGAGGUAAGAUCACAGACACGCUUGUCUGGAGGAAAGAUCACAGACACGCGUGUCUGAGGUAAGAUCACAGACACGCAUGUCUGGAGGAAAGAUCACGCGUGUUUAUGACAUGAUUGACUGAUCGAGCGCUCUUCGCAUGCAUGAAAAGACUGGGCAUGACAACAAGAAUUUGGCUUCACAUUUCCGGUUGGAGGUAGCGUUCCAGUUCUAUUCAGUUCCGUGGCCGGUACAGACCAUACAGUGUAAACAACGCAGCUUUAAACCUUCUAUCAUUCAUUCAUUCAACAUUCAUCUCUUACAGUGGGUUCACAGCAUGGGGGCAGCAGUUCACCCAACACAGCGGGGAUCGUCGUUGGUGUCUUACUAUGUAUCCUUGUGAUCCUAAUUAUCCUCUACUUUGUCCAUCGUUACCAUCGCCAUGGAGCCACACCUGCUGACGUCAUCAAGGAUGUGAAACGCAAGACAUUCUCUCGUUUCCAGUCCCCAACACAUCACACGGUGUUGAAAUACGAUACCUCGGAAUAUAACGACGACGAGGAUGAAGUGUACGACACUUCAGAUACUAAUCCCUUCGUCAGAGAUUGA